AUGUUUUAUUCACCUCUAGAUCAAUUUGAAUUAAAACCAUUAUUAAUAAUUUCAGAUUCAUUAGCUUUUAGUAUUACUAAUUAUACAUUAUAUUUAGUAAUAGUAUCAUUAAUUAUUGUAUUUUACAGUAGUAUUAUUCGUAACAACAAAUUAGGAUCAUCUCGUUGAGGUGUAUCUAUCAUAGCAAUAUAUGAUACAAUAUUAAAUUUAGUUAAUGGACAAAUAGGACGUAAAGGAGGAUAUUAUUUCCCAUUAAUCUUUACAAUAUUUAACUUUAUAUUAAUUGCUAACUUAAUUUCAAUGAUUCCUUAUUCAUUUGCUAUUUCAGCACAAUUAGUAGCUAUUGUAUCAUUCUCAUUAGCUUUAUGAUUAGGUAAUGUAAUCUUAGGAUUAUAUUUACAUGGUUGAGGUUUCUUUGCUUUAUUUGUACCUAGUGGUACACCUUUAGCUUUAGUACCUGUAUUAGUAUUAAUCGAAGCUUUAUCUUACACAUCUCGUGCUAUUUCUUUAGGUCUUCGUUUAGGUGCUAAUAUCUUAUCAGGUCACUUACUUAUGUUAAUCCUAGGUUCAUUAAUUAUUAGCUUAAUGUCUUCAUCUAUCUUAGGUUUUGUUAGUGGUAUUAUUCCUAUCCUAGCAGUAGUUGCUAUUACUAUCCUAGAAUUUGGUAUUGCUAUUAUCCAAGCUUACGUAUUCAGUAUCUUAUUAUCUGGAUAUAUUAAAGAUUCUGUAGAAUUACAUUAA